AUGGCAGGAGCAGAACAGCAGACACACGCUGGCGAAGGCGAAGACGCCUUCGGCACUCUCUUCGAUAUAUGUCUCAAGGCUUUUCUGCUGCAGCACUCAAAUCUGUUCUGGGAAGAGAGCAGCAGCAGUAGCGGCAGCAGCAGCAGCUCGUUUGAGCCCCCGCAGGAGCUGCUGCUGCGGCUUCAACAAACCACCGGAAUGUCCCUCGACUCAGACGCAGAAAGCAGCAGCAACAGCAGCAGCAGCAGCAGCAACAGCAAGGAGCAGCAGGAAGACUGGAGCCUCAAUCUCUACCGGUGUUUGCUGCUGCUGCACAAGGUGUACAGACACCUGCGGCUCAUCUCCCCCAACGAGUCUGCAGAUGAUAUUUCUUCCUCAGUCCUUAGGUUUUUGCUGCUACCGUAUUGCCUGGGCCUUAUGACCCUCGAAAGGCCCGGGCAGCUGCAGGAGCGGCCGCUGCGCCUCCGUGAGGCUCAGAUAUAUUUUUUGGAGUAUUUGCACUGCCUGGAGUCUGCUGAACUUCUCAACAAAGAAGAAAUAAAUCGCCUCGAGGCCAUUCUUGAUGCUGUAGCAAAUCCAGCAGCAGCUCCCGCUGCUGCUCCCGGGAUCGCCGAUCCCGCAGCCCGCAGGACGAAACUUGUGGAGGAAGCCAAGGCGGAGAAGCAACUGAGCAAUUCUGUUAAGGCACUGCUGUCUCAGAAGUCGGGCGGGGGAGCAUGGAGCUCUGAGGAGGAACGGCGAUUAUCUCUCUUGUUGCUGCAGUUGUGCACCAGAGAAAGCUUCAAGCAGCUUGACUUCAUUCGGCAGGAGACCCCCAUGCUGAUGAGGCUCUUAUCAAAUAACCAGGCAGCCGUUUCCCGCAGCUCUGCUCCGAAGCCCCCAGAGCCCGCUGCGUCUUCGCAGCGGCCUUGGACAGCAACUUUUAGGAACAAAGAAGAGCUUCGCAACUUCAUCCGUUCUCGAGUCUUCCAGCCUUCCCACAAUCUCCCGACAAUGAGCCUCGCGGAGUGUGCGGACAUUGAGAUGGAAAUGGAGACAAGGCAAAUUGGAGCUGCGAAGCCGAAAGUGGUGGUGGAGUUUCCCACGGGGGAGGCGCGGCAGGCGGCGAAGGAAGCAGAGGAGCUGGAAGCAAGGAAGUGGGACGACUGGAAGCAGCAGGGACAGAAGAUCUCGGUAGGGGGAAGGGACUCUAGGGCUAUUGGAGGAGUGCAGGCUGCGAGCGCAGCAACUGCUGCUGCAGCAGCAGGAGCUGCAGCAGGAGGAGCUACAGCAGCCGCACCGCCGCCUUGA